AUGAAACAUUGGCAGCUCAGGUCGGAUAUGGAAGGCCUGUCUAUCCUGCCGCAGGAAAAAGAUACCUUUAAGGGUCCGCACAAUGUUUAUCUUCACCGAGACAGGGUUAACACCAGCAGAUCAAAUGUGACGGCGAGGAUCCUUGCCACAACUGCCAGUCCCGCGAGCAGGUACGCCGCCUCCUUCGCAGAACGCUGCCAACACAUGGAUAACCUAUGCGAACGCCUUGAGGGACUAGCAAAGACGCUAUCUAACUGCAUCACCAUGAACAAGAUCAAUGGCAGACAGGAUGUGCCGACUUCACCGCGGUCAUCGGCUUCAGUAACGAAUCCAAUCCAGCCAGCGCGACAUACCAUGGAGCGAAUGGCGAUGUCUCAGGACCCGGUCAUCGACAUCCCAGAAAUUAGCGAGAUACAGGAUACGUCGCCUGGGUUUCGGCUAGGUGCUGUCUCUGGGUCUUCAGGAAACAUGCAAGGCCAUGAUACACAGACAUAUCCGACACCCGUUGAUGCAGUCGGUCAUAUGGUUGCGGAUUCGUAUGGGCGGCUAAGGCGUGUGUACCUGUCACCGCGGUUACUGGAUGGAGACCUUACUGACAUCAUCUCAUGGCGCAGAUAUAUCGGCGGCGCAACAAACAAACUGAUAAUCGAAGCCGUCCAGAUCCUCUCGCCAGGCGGGUCCUCCGAACCCGCUCCCUCCAAGGACAAUGAAGGCAAUGAAGUCAGCCUCCCUUUCUUCAUACAAGGCCAAGUUUGGCCGGAACUCCCGUACCUCCCUCGACCACAAGAUCUCAGCCGACCACCGCAAUACGUCUCGGACCUGCUGGUUGGAAUCUACUUUGACCAACUGCACUACACGUUCCCGAUCCUGUACAAACCGGAUUUCAUGCGGCGGUACCAGCUCAUGAGUGCAGCAAAUGGAGCUAGGCGAGGCACUGUUGUUGGACGCGGCUUUCUCUCUGUCUUCUUUGCUGUCUGCGCCUGUGCCUCGAGUCUGUUACCCAGAGCUUCUGGGUCUGCGUCUCUUCCUGGAAUCGAGUACUACCAAAAAGCGCUUCUUUGCAUUUUGCAUCGUCUGGGGAAUUUAAAAGGAGCUGCCCUGGGCAUUCCCAAAACAACCCAAUAUGUUGAGACGCAGGUCGCCAGGUGUACGUGGUGGAGUGUCUUCACUCUUGACUGGUUCCAAAAUGCUUAUAUGCGCAGUUUAAUGUCCACCUGCCUUGGCCGCCCCAUGGCCACCGAUGAAGCCGACUGUUGCUGCGAGCUUCCCUUUGAUAUCUCCAACGAAGACCUUGAGCACGGCAUCCCACCCCGGCCAGCAGAACUCAAGAAUCCUAGCGACUUACCAUUACCAUCCUCACCCAUGACCGGCUUCUUUGCAUUCGCGCGUCUCUGCCGGAUUGCUGCUCGUAUUCACAGAUUCUAUAGCGGAGACUGGAACGCCCUUCUGCCAACCCUCAACGGCUUCGUCCGCGAAUUAGACGAAUGGUUGCAGGAGUUACCAAACGAAAUCCGGUUCAGCGCGAACCUCACGCAGAGCGGGCCGAAUCUAACGAUGCCCCUAGCAGCACACUACUCUGAAGGCCCAGCUACAGCCAUAACGCCUUCUAAGCCCCGUAAAUUCUCCCCAAAGCUCGAAAACCCCUCCGCCGAAUGCAUCAACGCCGCCCGCAGCUGCAUCCAAGCCGCAGAGCUAAUCCGCGAGCGCGUAGCCCCCUCGCACUACCUCGCCUUUUGCGUACAGUAUCUCACCAUCUCUGGCAUUCUGCUACUCAGUAUGGCAGACGAUAAUAAUUCGCCUACUUUGUUACCGGACAUAAGAAACGCACUGAGAUUCCUGGGCGAUCUCGAGGCAAUCUGGCCGGGUGCCAGUCGGAGUCGGCUGAUCCUUGAUCGAUUACUACAGAGCCCAAGGCCACAGCCACGAGCGUGGGGGGUAAUGGGCACGGGAAUGUCGAAUGAGGGGGAUGGUGAGAAUAUGGAUAGACAUGGUCAAGAGCCUGAUGUUUACGGUGGAACCGGAGCAGGAGGAUGGCAUCCUUCUCUACCGGUGCUGGAUGAGCUGCUCUGGGAACAAUUUCCUGACUCAAGUGAGGUGUUCUUAGGGCUGAGUAAUUUCCCUAAUUGA